AUGGUAGACGAGCAAGAAGUCGUGGUGAAAGCGUGUCGUGGUGUCUCCGAGCCGCCUCGGAAAAAGAGAAAACGUAGGACGCUGGCUUGUUUGCCGUGUCGCAACAGAAAGGUCAAGUGUGACUUUGGCCAGCCUUCUUGCGAACGGUGUCUGAAGACUGCCUGGCCAGAGAGAUGCACCUAUGAGAACCGCCCACCAGCGUUUCAUGCAGAUGACGGGCCCUCAGCGCCGCCCCGUCCUGAGGUACCCCUGGUGGCGCCAGAGCCUGACCAGGUUGAGGGCCGAAAUCUGAAAACCCUUGAGUAUUUGGUGCAAUGCCUUGCUCAACAGUCAGCUCAUUCAUUCCCGACUCAUACAAACCCAUCCCGGGCGCCCUCUCCCAGGGUCAACUUCCAUGGAGCGGACCCUGGCGAGAGUCCCGUGUCCAAACGACCAACCACACCUGCGACCAUAUUCAAUGCUACCCUCCACGGAAGAGAAACAAAGACCCGAUUCCAUGGCUGUAGUAAUAUCUACAGUUUGUAUCCAGAGUUUCCAGAACUAAAACAAUACCUUCACCGGCUGAAGUAUGAACACCCUGUCCUUGCCGGCUUUCUACGUGACCUGUCCAAGCUAAAGGAAGGCCGCCUCAAAAAGCAAACAUUACCUGGGGAGUUAGCCCUUGAUACCAAUUAUCUAAGUGGUCUGCUCCCGCAAUGGUCAGUGAUUGAGAGCUGCAUGGGCAUUUACUUCAAUUCUUUCGGAAGUGUGAGCAGGCUGUUCCAUAGACCAAUGUUCAACCAACAACUACAGCUUAUCAGGGACCGUCCACAGUCCGCCCCACCCGUUUUCAUUGCUCAGGUUUUCCUUAUUCUGGCAAUAGUAUGGAACGGCCACCCCGAUGGAAGUAUCACUCCGAGCACUGUUUCAAACUGGAUACGAUGGGCAGAUACUUGGCUACAACAUUGCGGGAUCAAACGCCCAACUCUCGCCACAUUACAAGUUCGAUGUCUCCUUGUGCAGGCCAGGGAAGUAAACCACACGCAAAGAAACCAAGCAUGGGCUGCCACCGGAAACGUUGUAAAAUUAGCAAUGUCUGCCGGGUUCCAUCGCGAGCAGCCGCCGGGUUGCCGAAUUUCUAUUUUCAACAGGGAAAUGCGGCGAAGGGUUUGGGCGACAAUCUUAGAAUUGGACCUUCAAGCGUCUCUGGAUCGUGGUAUGCCGCCAACAGUGCAACACGCUGACUAUGACUGCUUGCCUCCAUUGAACAUUAAUGAUGAAGAUAUACAAGAAUCCACCGCUGAGAUACCCAUACAAAAGCCUUUAAGCAUUCCCACGGAUUCUUCCUAUCAAGUCAUGGCAGCCAAAUCUUUGGGUUUGCGACUACAUAUUUGCUCACUGAUCAACUCCCCACGACUUUCGAUAUCGUCUUCCCAGGUUUUAGAGUUGGACGAGGCUAUAUAUCAACAACUUUCUAGCAUUCCAGGGUGGAAAGGGGUCGGUGAUUCUGAUGUUAACGCGAACCAGAGAAUAUUGCUAUGGCGAACGCUGCUUCAAAUACAGCUUCAGCGAAGCCAGCUCUCGCUGCAUUCAUCCUGUAUCUUAGGGGAUUCGAAAGCAGGGACAUUUGCGCACUCUUCCCGUUCUAGAUUAGAUGUGGCCGUGUCUAUCCUAUGCCACGAACAACUCCUCUUAGACCAACUCGGGAGAAGGGCAUGGUUUACUUUGAGUGAAGUUAUUAUGCAAUCUGCAGUCACUAUUUGUCAUUAUCUAUAUACGUCUGAUAGUGGUGUUGGAUCUUCUAUAGUACGGCAGAUACUUCCGAGCCUUACACAGACCUUGGUAUCUCUGACCGAGCGUGUCCUGCCUUGGUGGGAGGAGAAGUUCACCGCUGUCCAAAAGGGAAUGAGGGAGUAUUUCAUCCUAUGCGUCAUAAUCUCCAUGGUUAAAGGAAAGCUAUGGCCAGAAUCAAUCGACGCGUACCGAAAGGAGAGCAUUGAUCGAAUGACGACGUUGUGCUAUAAUACCCUAUCUAAGCAUAUGGGUCGAUCGAAGCUGGAUAUAUCUGAGAAGAACUGGACUCAUCCGAUAGAAUCCCCGAUCGCCGCUCCUCCAACAGACUCGAAUUAUCCUCCGUCCAACGAUUCUUUGGAUAUCACUUUUUUUGAAGAUUGGGACACCAUUUUGGGAGAUUUUACGACUGAAUUUUCUGAUUUUGGGGCUUUAUAAUAAAUAAUCUAUGGCUAUACGCUCCCACCAGCGUCUUGCGGGAGUCAAUCUCCACGGAGACCCAACUGCAACGAAGUUGUGAAAAGUAUAAGAAAAGCUCCGUUUUUGCCCAAA